AUGCUGCGUGCCGCCCUGGUGCUGCUCGUGAGCAGCGCCGCGCUGCGGGCCCCCGCGCGCGGCCCCAGCAGGCUGAGCACAUGCAACAAGCCCUGGAGGGGCUGCCCCAAGGAGGGCGGCUCCCGGCUCGGCGAGAAACUAGCUGCUUUCUCCGAGGCCAUGGCCAUGUACGACAGCAGAAAGUCCGACGAAAGCGGCAGCACGUUUGCGCGGGCCGGCGGGGAGGGCCUCGACCGCGCUGCCUCCAAGGGCGUGGCGACGAGCGUCGCCGCGAGGAACACGUGGCUCCAGCUCUACAAGAACUCCGGGGCGGACGGCAGCAAGUCCGACAACAGCGCCAGCACGUCCGCGCCGGCCGGCGAGAACGGCCUCGACCGCGCUGCCUCCAAGGUAUUCGCGACGAGCGUCGCCGAGACGAUGGCGCGGCUCCAGCUCUACCAAAACCACGUGUCCGCCGAAUUGAUGUUGGCGGCCCCGGACGCGACCAAGGGCGGCGUCGACGAAGAAGAAGGGCGGGCUUCCUCGUGCCUCUUCAAGUUUCUUGCGAUUUCGAUCGAAAUUGUUUUGGGACUCUUUGUGUUCGGAAGGGUUAUUCCGCGGUGCAGUAGCUCGGCGAAGGGCGCGGCCUGGCGCUCGACCUUCGUCGGCUACCUGCUUCUUUGGCCAGAGAUCGCCCUCGUGGCGGCGGCGGCGACUUCGGUCCGCGGCAGCGACUACGCCAUUACGAAGAGUUCCAAGAUCAAGACCAAUGAGUCUCCGAGCUCGUCAGUCCAAAGCCUUGGGCAGCGGCGCGUGCUCUCGGGCGGCAGCAGCGACUACGCCAUUACGAAGAGUUCGAAGAUCAAGACCAACGAGUCUCCGAGCUCGUCAGUCCAAAGCCUUGAGCAGCGGCGCGUGCUCUCGGGCGGCAGCAGCGACUACGCCAUUACGAAGAGUUCGAAGAUCAAGACCAAUGAGUCUCCGAGCUCGUCAGUCCAAAGCCUUGAGCAGCGGCGCGUGCUCUCGGGCUACGUGAUGACCGACAGCAACAUAGAAACUGCCGUCGAGGCGUGGCUCGCGAACAGCGCAUCCGCAGAGACGACGUACGGCCACAUUUCGACGUGGGACGUAUCGGGGGUGACGGACAUGGAGGGGUUGUUCGAAGACUCGUCCUUUAACGAGGACAUCGGCGCGUGGGACACCUCCGGCGUCACGUCGAUGGAGGGCAUGUUCGGCGAAGCCUCGGCCUUUAACCAGGACAUUAGCAGCUGGGACGUUUCCAACGUCAGGGACAUGAGCUCUUUGUUCGCCGAAGCCACGUCUUUUAACCAAGACAUCGGCGCGUGGGACACCUCCGGCGUCACUGACAUGAGCGGGAUGUUCUACAAAGCCCCGGCCUUCGACCAGGACCUCGGCUGGUGCAUGGACGACGACGCACAAGGGGUGGUGGGGGUCCCGGGGUCGGCAUUCCACGGCACCCUGUGCGCGUCGACGUUAUGCGGCGUCUUGUGGGGCGACUGCGACCUCCCGAGCACGGGCAACGUCAUGGCCAACGGGAAGAUCAGAGUUGCAGUUGCAGCGUGGGUCUCGGACGCGACGGCCGCCGAGUCGACGUACGGCCACAUCUCCACUUGGGACACAUCGGGGGUGACGGACAUGGCGUGGUUGUUCCGCGACUCGUCCUUCAACGAGGACAUUAGCGCGUGGGACACCUCCGGCGUCACUACGAUGUACGCGAUGUUCCACGAAGCCUCGGCCUUUAACCAGGACAUCGGCGGUUGGGCGGUCCACAGCGUCACGACGAUGACCAUGAUGUUCGGCGACGCCUCGUCUUUUAACCAAGACAUCGGCGGUUGGGCGGUCCAGAGCGUCACGAACAUGGCGAUCAUCUUCGGCGGCGCCUCGGCAUUCAAUCAGGACCUCGGCUGGUGCGUGCGCGACGACGUGGACCUGUGGCACGCCUUUGGCCUUGACGCGGGGGACGCACCCCUGUGCGCGUCGACGUCGUGCGGCAUCGCCUGGGAGGCUGCAGUCAGGUGUGGUGGCAGUGGCGGGACCAUGACCGACGGCACAAUCAAAACGGCCGUUGAUCAUUGGUUCUCUUACCCGGCGACCGCAGCGGCGACGUACGGCCACAUUUCGACUUGGGACACAUCGGGUGUGACGAAAAUGAAGUGGUUGUUCGAAGCUAAAUCGUCCUUUAACGAAGACAUUAGCUCGUGGGAUACCUCCGGAGUCACGAGCAUGAAGGGGAUGUUCGCCGAGGCCUCGGCCUUCGACCAAGACAUCGGCUCGUGGGAUACCUCGGGCGUCACGACGAUGGAGGACAUGUUCGCCGAAGCCUCCGCCUUUAACCAGGACAUCGGUGAUUGGGCGGUCCAAAGCGUCACGGAUAUGAGCGGGAUGUUCGAAGGGGCCUCGGCCUUCGACCAGGACCUCGGCUGGUGCGUUGGUAUUAACCAAGAUAUUGAUGACGCAUUCGAAGACACCCUGUGCGCGUCGACGUCGUGUGGCGUCACGCAAGGCCAGUUUAAAACUGAGGACGGCAGCUGCGAGUCGACGCCUGCGCCGACGCCGGCUCCGACCCCUACUCCCAUUGUCGACGCUGCCCACCGCCUCUCAGGCGUCAGCGCCGCGCUCCUCGUGCUCGCGCUCGCCGCGUGAGCCCUCCCUUCCUCGCGCAAGAACGUCCCCGUCCCCGGACGAGGUCGCCUCGAGGAACUGGCGCUGC